GGACGGAUGGAGCCGAGGAUUUGGUUGACGAAGUGUGCGAGUGUGGCGGAGGCGGGGGUUUGGUUCAAGGGAUUGGGGAGUACGGUUCCGAGGAAGAGUGCGAGGGUGGAGUUUAAGAAGGGGAGGGCGGAUUUGAGUGCGGGAGUGGAGAGGAAGUUGACGGCGAAGGGAGAGGUGGAGUGGGUUAUUAAUGUGACGUUGAUUGUGGGUGGGUAGGAGAGAAUGGUUUGCGAAGGGAUCGAUAAUCUCGAAGAAUGUCUCGCGUUGGAAAAAGGUUGUGCUCAGUAUUGUACAUUUCGUCGUUAUACAAGCUCUCGCAUGCGCGGAGCGUCUCCC